CUAUGUUAAAGCUACAUGCUCCACACUUCCAGCAGCUACAUAUCCACUACUCUCCCAAUAUUCAUCUAUUGUCAAAUGUCUGUUACAAGCAAAAGUGGACCCGCCAGCAGUGGUCAAGGGGUGUUUGUACCUGUGAAUAGCCGUCUUCAAACGGCCGUUACGUUUUACCACGCCAAUCGACAAACUCCGGUUCCCCGUCUCUAUCGAAGCAAGGAUAACAAGGGGAAAAAGGUCACCAACUACGGCUAUUCGAUUCGGCGAGUAGCAACGAUGCAUGGGGUUGCUUACUCACUUCUGCAAAGAGCGAUUACUUCCGGUGGGAAGAUCAAGACCCGGUCACAAGCACACGAAAAGGAGAUGGUCCUGACGGUCGAGGAAGAGAAAGUUCUUGAAGAAUGGUGUCUACAAAACAUGCAUGGUUGGGGCUAUCAGAUACGGCUUGACUUGCUACGAAAUAUGGCUUGUGCAAUUGUCGAAGAGCGAGAACGGCGGAAUUCCGAAUCUGCCAGCGAUUUCCGCCUUCGAAUGCUCGACCAUUUGAACGAUGAUGUCGGUCCAAAUUUGGAUCUCAUUGGUAAGAACUGGUAUAAACGGUUCUUAUCACGACAUCCAGCAAUAUCGGCAAUGCACAGUGGCAUCGACCCUUUCAAUCCCAACGCCGCUGUUCCUAAAAAUCCUCCUGACCUGCGUCGGAAUCAAAAUCGUAUCGACACACACGCUUCCGAUGAAUCGAGCUCUACGGCGAAUCCGACUGACUUAACGAUGGCCGCGACUCCUCCUCCGACAACACCUCCAAGACGAACGCCUCGAUCAGACAUAUCGCGUCCCACAACCCCACGUAACGCUAUCGAAGUGCAGCAGCAUGUUGAAGCUCUCUUAGAAUGGUUGGACUCUUCAGAACGUCAAUGGAUAGAGCUCGCAGAGUCUGGUAUCCGGGAACGAGUACAACAACUAGCAAAGUCGGCAUGCAUGUCAAUGUCCCGACUCGAAGCACUCAAAAUCGAAACCAACCGACAAUUACGACUUUUCCAGCGUGACGGAGGAAACCCUAGUGACGAAGAAACUGGUCCCGACUAUCAAGCAGAGUUGACUGAUUGCCGAGUCCUUACGAUUGGAGAAGCCAAAUUACUAAGAAGACGAGCGGAGGAAAAAUGGGAAGCGAAGCAACAGCGUUUGGAUGAGAAGCGACAGGCAAACGCCUUGGAAAGAGCGAUGAUUGAAUUGGAUGGUCCCGACUAUAAAACAGUGUUGACCGAUAAACCAGUCCUUACGUUUGGAGAACAAUGGCGUUUGGAUGAGAAGCGACAGGAGAACGCCUUGGAGCAAGCGAUGAUUGAAUCUCCUAUGGGUGGUAUCCACGAAGCACAAGCAGCUGCAGAACCCGGAGAGUCUGUUGUGUUUCAAACAAUGAACCCGUUCAACGGAUUGAAUGAGGCUGGUGGAGUUUUUGGUGCAUCGGUGGUGGAGGCUCUCAAGCCAGAGUUUUUCGUCGUCGCAACCGGAGAGAGAUCCGAACAUUAUCAGCAUCUAAUUCCCCGGCUGAAGAAGGACAAGGUGAAGAGGGGCUAUGCGCAUCAUGGGAAGGCGGAGAAUUUUGGUGUUUGGACAACUGUCAUGGCCAGAACCAAGGACGAGUGGACAUUCGUUCAUGUUUCCUUUCCUUUGGAUAGUUCUUCAGAUUGAAACUUGUAUGUAGUAUGACCCCCCGGCGUCGGAUGAAUACUUUCUCUUCUCCAUAAUCUUUUUGUACUGAAUAGUCUCGGACUGGAUUGACAUUGUUGUACUGGAUUCUCCUGCUUUCUGUUUUCUGUCAUCUGAAC